GGGCCUCCUCAGUGAGUUAACGUGCGUAUUUCACGAGUCUUGGUUCGAGGGUAGAUGUGAAAUAUUAAAUAAACGUUCGCUUUCAAGCUAGAAUCAAGCAUAUGUGUAAUAUUUUGUUAUGCACACCGAUAAAUGUUGACGUGCGCACGGCUAUUUUGCUAGGCAGGUGCACAUAUUGUUCUGCUUUAUUUAACUUUCUGCUUUUGCGGCAGGCAAAAAUGUUGGUCUAGCAACAUUGGCGACAACCUUCUGACCAUUUCUGACCACGCUAACCACGCUUCUCACUGCUUCUGACCACGCUUCUGACGAAUGCGUAAUUGUUCUGACAAGUUUUGAUAGCCGCGUACGCCAGAAACAUGCCCGGGAAGCUGUUUUACUGCGACGACGAAAAGGACCUCGUAACAGAGCUUGUACGAAAGUACAAGUGUUCAAUCGAGAACAAGAAAUCCGAUACCGUGUCGCUGACGAGAAAGUUGAAGGCAUGGGAAGCUUUGACUGCCGAGUUCAACAGCGCUGAAAAUGUGCGGCCGCGCACUGUCGCACAACUACGGAAGCUAUGGGACAACAUGAAGCAGCGAUGGAAAAAAGAAAAAGCAAAGCAAAUAAGGGAUGCCAUGGCUACAGGAGGUGGGCCGCCGCCGGAACCGAUGGAUGAUCGGCUGUUGCAGAUCGAGGCUGCAGUUCCCCAUCUAUCGGAACGGGUAAACAACCCCUACUAUAGCGACCGACCACCAUCAACGCAACCGGGCGAUCGCGUGGCCGAUAUAAUCGCCAGAAUGACCCAGAGCAACGCGGAGGACAGUGACGACGGUCAGUGACGACCGGCCUCUAUACGCAAUAUUACAGUGUGUGUUUCUGUGACAAUGCUAGGUUUGAUAAAUCGUUGUGCAUAGCUCACCGGUGUAUACGGUGUGUCGAGACAGCUACAACGCACCUGCACGUAAUGCCGCCGAAGCGUGCAUUCAAUGCUGUUUAACUUCUACUUAUUCAACGACCAGUUAUUUCAUGCAAAUGGUAAAGCCUCGCUUUCACUGAUUCCCACAGUGUGUGGGAUCUGUU